AGUGAGAGGAAGAUCGAUCUCAUCGACCGACGCCUCGAGGCGGUCACCCAGCUCUUGCGGGACAUGAAGAUGAACAUGCCUUCUAUACCUCCAACAAGCCAGAAAGAUACUCCAAGCCCUGAUACAGCUGGUGGUCAGCCCUCGACUCAGUCCGUUUCAACUCCAUUUAGCCAUGCCGCUCAGCCAGCAGCCGACAGUCCAGUGGUUGAAGGUGAAUCUUCUCUGGCAGCCCACGGUGCUUUCGCAAACGAGUUUCUCAAGAAUGCCGUAAACACUGGGGCUUUACAAGGCGCCAGCCUUGAGUUGCGUGAGACUCUAGACUCACUCCACCACAUUGUCACUUCUUUGAAGCAGCAGACGGUCUCUACAGAGAUGAACUAUCCUAACGCGACGAUAUUCCCACGUCCUUCGCUCAAAGGUAGUGAGAUGCCACCAAUCCAAAAGGCCGUCGCUCUAAUACGGCAGUGUGAAAACGAACCUUCAGAAGUAUCCGCCUGGAUUCAUGCAUUUUUGCCAUUGGAGCGUUUCUCGAGCGUUUGUAUGAAUGUCUACUUUGUUGAGGACUUCUCUGAAUCCGAUUUUAUCCUGACAAACGCCGGUCUUCUUUAUCUCUUUUUCGAACGGGCACAACGUUCAACAGACAAGGAUGAGCGAGAAGACUUGGAACGCUACAUACCAAUACUUCAGGGGAACCUUGAAACUGCUUUGGCCAACCUACCCUUCCAUCUACCCCUAACUUCAAGUAUGAUAUCUGCACUCUUGCUAGGAGCUUUUCAUGCUAUCGAGAUUUCGAAGCCAUCGCUCUCAUGGACCCUUAUUUGCAAGGCCUCGGAAUUAUGUCAGACACUGGGAUACCAUCGAGCCUCAACCAUGAAGAACGACGAUCCCCGCGAAGCGGAGCGCAAGCAGUUUCUCUUCUGGAACGUCUAUUUUAUUGACAAGAGCUUGUCACUCCGCCUUGGUCGAGCUUCGACCAUUCAAGACUGGGACAUCACAGUGCCCAUCCCUGACGCGGAGAAAAUCGAUGAUUCCCCUUUGGCGGCUUUUGCUGCUCUUUGGGUUACUACGGCGCGAUGUCAGGGACAGAUCUAUGAAAUGUUGUACAGUCCCGAUUCUAUUAAUCAACCCGAGGAUGUGCGAAGAUACCGAGUCCAGACUUUGGUGAACACUAUGCGGGGGAUCUCGAAAAAGUCGGCAAUAUUGAGUGCCAAGCAUCUACAAGAGGCAAAGAAGAAGAUGGGUUCCUACUUUAUGGACUUUGUCAUUGUCUCUGAUGAUGUGCUCCGGCUAUCUCUCUUGACUCUUAUCUAUCGCGCCAGUCCUCUCCCCGCAAACUCAAGAUCUACCUUUAUCCCAGAAUGCGUAGAGGCGGCGCGGGCCACUCUUCAACGACACCAAGACUGCAUGGACCUCUUGGGCAAGGAUAAUUCUUUCUACUUUCCCUCCUACGUUCACUGGACUCUCUUGUUCGCUCCCUUUAUCCCUUUUAUCGUCGUCUUCUGUCAGGUCAUCGAGACACAGGACCAGGCGGAUCUUGCUCGUCUGCACAGCUUCUGCACGUCAACUGAAAGCUCCGUAACUCUAUCAGAGGCAGCAGCAAAGACGCACCGCUUAUUCCAGGUUCUCUAUACUGUCGCGCUCCGCUACAUCGAGUUUCGAACAUGCACGCCGCCGGCAGACCAAACCCAAGCUCAGGCAAGCGCCGAGUUGAACACCUACCUCACCGCGCUAGGCUUCCCGCCAGCUCACAUCGACAAUAGACAGCAGCAACAGCCAACCAGUCUAGGUCCAGCUCAGGCCGGAGCGUUCUCCCAACCUUUGGCAGAUCCCGGUAUGCUAGACGGAACAGAAGGCCAAAGGGGUGCAAACACCAUGAUGUGGAUGGGCAAUACGGCACAACUAGAGGAGUGGUUCAGCAGUAACCAACAGAUGAUGGAGUUGCUAGAGGAGCCGAGUUUCACGUUUCCACCACAAUAA